UGGUAAAACGAGCAGAUUUUAAAGCACGUAAAUAUUGAUCGACCGGACUUUGGACUUUGCCUAUUAAUCAAACCACGAACGUUUCCGCGGUUCCUAGCUAACCGCGUGUCCUGCCAAAGAUAUCGCUUAUCUAUUUGCGAUCUACAAAUACAAAUAUUGUUAUGAUAUUAAUGAGCGAAGGCCUUUUCCGAAACAUUUGCCAUCGCAGUGCAUUAGAUUAGUCUACAUACUGUGUUACAGCCAAUCACGUUUAUUGUCUAUUAUUGAGGAAGUCAUCGAGGAGCUUUUGUAAUAAACAGACCAAAGGAGCAGCUAAAUAGGUAGUCCCUCACGCCUGAAGUCAUAUUUUAUUUUUGUCUGCAGCCUACAUCCUAAGUCCAAGAGAACAAUGGACGGUCCUGUAAGAGGUAUACUGAUGGCAUGCAUCUUCUUCAAAUUCAUUAUAUCUGCUUCUCCGUGUCCACCUAGAUGUCAGUGUGACACCAACCAGAUGGUCUCAUGUGCCGGAAGUAAUCAAACGGUCAUACCGGGUGACCUCCAAAACUCGACAAGAUUCCUAUACCUUGAGAGGAACAAUAUUGAACUCAUCCGAGAGAAUACUUUCUCAAGCUUACACCAUCUUGAAGAACUUGUCCUUGCGCAGAACAAACUUUACGAAAUAGAGAGUGGAGCUUUCACCGGGUUGUCCAAUUUGGACAAACUCUUCUUGGAGGAGAAUUCGAUUACAAUAUUGCCUCCAGGGAUCUUUGCUCCAUUGGUCAGGCUGACCGAGCUCCACCUAGGUGGCAAUCGCUUCCCGGUGAUUCCUCGAAACCUGUUUGGGUCGAUGCCUUCGCUUGAACGCUUGUUUGUUGAAGGUAACCAAGUGAAUCUAACCAUCGAGUCCGAAGCUUUUGAUGGACUAGGAAACCUGAUGGAACUGUCGCUUCGGUCAAGUCGGAUCCAGAGGCUUUCACAUGGCAUGUUUAGUGGUCUCCUGAAUCUAGCCCGCCUAGAUCUCAGCUUAAAUACCUUUGGUUCUUUCACAACGGACGUCAGGAAAGAUCUGCAACACCUUAAAGGUAAGCGAGACUCCCACACGGAGCUGACGACGCUUGCAGAGGGGACCUUUGCGGAUCUCAAAAGCCUCGUCGACCUGAACAUGAGCUCGUGCUCUUUGAAAGCCAUCAACAGAAAUAUCUUCAAGGGUUUAACUUCACUCAAACAACUGUACCUUUCGGUGAAUCAAUUGCGUGGUAUAGAUGAGGGAACCUUCUGCGAAUCACUGAAUCUGGUACUACUUGAACUUGAUGGAAACCCACUAGAGAAUCUUGAAGCCGGUUCAUUUAGGUGUCUGUACCGGCUUGGUUAUUUGAAUCUUAACCAUACUGAAUUUAAUCGCAUUGGAGAGGGGUUUUUCAAAGAGCUAAAUGAACUGGCCGUGAUCUCCCUGAGCAGUAGCGGUAUUGUUGAAAUAGCCGGCGAUGCUUUCCAGAAUAAAUCUAGACUGACUCGGAUAGAUCUGAAUGACAAUGGCAUAAAGAGUUUCAACACAAGUCUCUUCGAUGGAACUCGUAAUAUCAGAACGCUCCGCUUACAGAAUAAUCAAAUCAAAAGCUUGCCAGAGGAUAUCUUUAACGGUGUUUCUGGUCCUCUGAAUCUGUCACUGAAGGGGAACCCCUUGGUCUGUGAUUGUCAACUAGAUUGGAUCCCAGGGUGGUUGGUGAGGAAUGGAGGAACUCUGGACAGGUGCGAAUGUGAUCAGCCACCUGCCCUUCACGGAAUCCAUCUCGAUCGUGUCCCCUAUGAUGAUUUCCACUGCACACCAUACAUAGUCAACGAUCUUCCACACAUCUACAACGCAACACCGGGAGACAAACGGUUCGAGAUAGUCUGUCCUGUUAGUGGCAAACCGCCCCCUACGAUUACGUGGACGGUCCCGAAUGGAGAAACAAUGUCUAAGAAAACGGUCCCUGAGUACCCAAACGGCUUGUAUCGCGUCCGUGAAAACGACACCCUCGUCAUCAGGGAUAUAUCAUCAGCAGUUGAGGGGGAGUUUACAUGUGAGGCCAGGAAUAAUCUGGGACAUAUAUCCGUGCAGAUUGAGGUGCAGGUCGUUCAGAUAUCCAACAGCUGGAUGACAGCUUUCCUUGUCGUGAUGAUAGUCCUCUUCGUCAGCUGUGCUAUCUGUCUCCUGGUGACCUUCCUUGCGCCAUGGCGGCGUCGGAGGCGCAGAAGAGAGCUAACUCGGACACCAGCUCGUAGAGUUGAUCCGCGCUACGGUCCACUUAGCCCCAUAGCUGAAGGCAAUGAAACCGAUGAACUAUGAUGAAUCAACUGUAAUAUUCAAAUAGAUUGUAUUAUGUUUGUAUUGUAACUCCUUCAAAAAAAAAUUCUCCUUAAAGACUAAACACGCUCGAAAUGACUGGAGCAAGAAGGACUGUAUAUACAACCAUGUUUAAGAAAACGUACGUGUUAUUAAUGUUUGCAUUUGAUUGGCUGUGCGUGAGUUUGUUUUUGAAUUUUGUCACCUUUUAUUGACAACAAUUUAUAUGAAACAGGGGCCCUGGGUGUAAAGGAACCAGAUUCCCAUGAGCCCCUUGGUCCGCCCCUGGAUGUCAACAUGUUCGCUGAAAUAUCAAGCCUAGAAAUUGCAGUAACAACUAUACUAGUUUAGAACCAGUAUCACGUAGCUUGUGAUAAAUAUUAUGUACUUCUGUCAGAUUUUGUUCUUCCAACUAGAAACCCAAGUUGUCACUAAAGGCGAUUCCGUAUUCGACCCUUCCCCCAAAAAUGUUUUAAAAUCUUCUAGCCUAUCAAACAUGUCACUUUUAUAAUACUGCCAUAUUAAGUCCAUGUCUAAUCUCUACCAAUUUUUGGUUUGUUUUGAUAAACCGUGUCAAAUACAGAAACGCCCUAUUUCUAAUCAGUAAACAAAAGACCGCAUUUCCAUUUAAUUUGUAAAAUGUCCUCGUUUAGGCGAAUCAAAGUAAGUGAACCAUACUAAAUGUACCACGAAAAUACUCACACAAUACGCAUACACAGUGCUAAACUAUGACUCAUUAAAGAUCUGAGCUGUAUUUACAUUGCUCUAUUUUAUUGAUAUUAUGCACAUAAAUCACAUAUUGCCUCGUUUCUGGUAUUAUCUUAGUACAAUAACAAUAAAUCCUCAUAAUACACUAUGAAUAUGACGGACAAAGAAAGAGGACAAAAAAUACAGUUCCUCAUUCUAC